AUGCUGAUUGGCCCAUGUGCUGAAGCAAUAGGUGCCUCACUCUGCUGGGCAGUCGGUUUGACCCUCCUGGCACGGCCACGGCACCCCGGCGACCACACCGACCAUGCUGAGGGGCUGGGAGCGCCAGAGGGCACCUCCCGGUUGUCCUUUUAUGGAGGAGCUUUGGUCUUUGUUGUCGGUUAUGCCUUCAGUGUCUCCUCGGCCUUGUCUCCAACACCCUCGCGGAACUUGGCGAUGGCGGCAUUGAGCGCCUCUUUUCCCUUCAGCCUGCUUGCGCAAGCUUGGCUCUUUCGGUGGCCCAGCGCCACUGAGGCUGGCAGCUACUUGCUGAGCUUUCUAGGCGCCACUGCCAUGCAGCUGGCAGCGCCCUGGCCCAGCAAGGGGCCCUCCGAGGGCCUCGACGGCCUACGGCGCCUGGAGGGCUUCGGUCAAUGUCCUGCAGCGGCGCUGGGGGCCUACUUGCUGGCUUGCCUCAUGUGCUUAUUUGCCGGGAUGGCGCUGGUCUCGGUGAGCGUUUGGGAUGCGAGCCCGGAGAAGCCUUUCGAGCGCUUCGUCGACCCGCCCCGUUUGGCUCUGGCCUUCGCGGUGCUCUGCGGCGCCGGCGCGGUGGGCGCAGAGUUGGCUCUAGCCAUUGGAACUGAGGCGGCCUGGAACCACAGCGAGGCGCAGUACGGUACCUUUGCUCUACUUUUGGGCUUCGCUUUGCUCCUGCUGGUCGUCCGAUGCUGUUGGGAGUGCUUCCAGAGCCUUCGGGUGCCUUUGCCGAAGCUGGCCGUCCUGGUCUUCGGCUCCGCGGCGCUGCUCCGAGUCCUCCAGGCGCAGGUCUUGUUUCGCGAGAUCUCCUGGGAGCCCACGCUGCUCGUCCAGGGAGCGGUGACCUUGCCAUCUCCACUGGUAUGCUUGGCAGGAGCUGCGUGCUUAUUGGCUUCAAUGCUUCUGGCGAGCUACCACCUCAUCCUCGAGUACACGCCCUGCCGCUAUUCCGUGCUUCCCAGAGUCUGGGCACCUGAAGUCACAUCGAGGAAGUCGGACCAUUGCGGACCUGGCGACGUGGCACUGGCGGCCUUUCUGGUCACAACUGGCCACGAAAAGGGGAGGACAGAGAAGGACAAAGGAUUCGCAGAUGCUGAGCAGGGUAGCUUGACGGCUCAGGAGCUGGGUUUGUCCUGCGGAAGCCCGGUGGAGGCUCAGCACUUGGAAGCUCAGCAGAGGAGCACCGAAUGGGCGCUGUCGGAGAUUUGGAAGAAAGGUUGGCAAUGGUUGGGUGUGGUGGUUUGCGCCAUCUCCUACUACAUGGGCAUCACGCGUGCGUUGUUCCUCAUCAAUCCACCCGAGGUCUUGGCCACGGAGCAACCCGUGGAGCGGUCCAACUUGCAGUUGAUCGUCUACCUGGGUCGAGUGGGAAUGCCCUUGGCCUCCUUGAUGGUCUUGGUCUUUUCCGCCAUCAUCCCGCUCUUCAAGUUCGCCACGACCUUUCUGGUCAUGCAUCCGCCCUCCACGGUGACGCCGCAGCAGCACAUGAAGUUUUGCCAACUCCUUUGCGCACUGUCACCAUAUCAGAUGUCAGACAUCUUCUUGGUUAUGCUCAUCUUGGCUUACUUAAAUACAGGCUUCGCAGCCGGAGGCCAUGGUUCAGGCUAUGAGUGCACCUUGUGCAGCGGCUUCAAGUCCUUCUUCUUCUACUGUUUUGUCUCAGUCCUUGUGGCACAAGUCCUGGAGAUCGAGCAUGCGGAGGCGGUGGAAGAAGUUGGGGAUUCCCCAGACACUGCUAUGGCUACGACUGUGGCCACCUCUCCAGCAGCCGAGGACUCAUUCAAGGACCGUCCGGGCAUCUAUGUGUUGCUGAAGCGCGCUGCGGUAGUCCCAACGGUGCACAUGUCUGGAACGAAAGAGAUCAGAGUCGAGUUGAAGGCUGGCGAUAUGGUGGAAGUCCUGGAAGUGGUGCAGAACCCCGGCGAGCAGAGGAUACGUGGCCGCACCGCACAGCCGCCAGGCUGGAUCUCAUUGCUGGAUUUGGAGGAUGGCCAUCGUUGGGCUCGACGUUGUGAGGGGCGGCCGGAGGUGGAGCAGAGCUUGGUGAAACUUUUGUUUUUCUUCAUCAUGUGGUUGCUCUGCAGCUUCACACUCCUCGUGCUGCCGGCACCACCCAUGUCGCUGCAGGCCCGUUCGGGCGGGGUCAUCGUGUACCGUCAAGAGCCCACGUUGUCGGAACUCUUCCAUGCACUUUGGGUGCAAAGCCGGCUCUUCAGCGGCCUCAUGGUGGUGGUUCUGCUGGUGACGCCCUUGCUGUUUGUGCUGGUGGCCCUGGCACGGAUUUUGCUCUUCCGGCACUUUCUGGAGCCUUUCUGGAUCAGGCGGCUGUGGUUGUGCGAGCAGAUCUUGAAGCCCUGGGUCAUGGGAGAUGUGGCUGCGGUGGCCAUCACCUCGCUGUUCCUGUCCAUCCAGGAACCCUCCACAGACUUUGUGUUUCUGUGCGUUCGACUCGCCAUGCCGCCCUUGGGCUUUCUGGCCUGCCUGGGCCAGGGCGUGGCAUGUUGGGGCUUGCGCUGGUGCACGCCACCGCUGCAGCCGGGCGCGGAGGCCAGACACUCGUCUGCCGCAGCGGCAGCGGUCUCGAGCACGGUGCCAGGCGAGGACGCCCCGUUGACGCCCUUGCGAGCAGCCUUCGAGGCGGCCUGGAAGUUGGGAGCCUCCUCUCCCGAAGGCUCCGGCAGCCGAUGGAGUGGAUCUUGGAUUUGGAGCUUGGUCUCUCGGGAGAUCUAUGUGUGGCUCUUUUGGUUCACCAUCUUUUGGCAGCUUGGGCCUCAUGAGCCCCCCCGCCGUGCACAGCCUGGAGGAUUUGAACACCGUGCUGCAUCAAGAGGUUCCUCGCAUCAACAAGAUCCUCAUGGAGAACUUGCCUCAUGGUAUCGGUGA